GCCAGGCUGCUCUCACUCUCGGCAGCAAAGAGCGUCAGAGAAAGGUGAGUGUCCGUCGCCCGCCCAGACCCCACAUUCACCUAAGCAGUGCCUGGACCCCCAGCACGGGGUCUAGAAAUACAGCUUCCGUGCCGGUGAAGACAAGAUGACUCACCACUGCACCAAGUUCUCCGGACACUGGAAGAUCAUCGUGUUCGACGAGGAGUGCUUCCAGGGCCGGCGCCACGAGUUCACAUCCGAGUGCUGCAACGUGAUGGAGUUGGGCUUCGAGACCGUGCGCUCCCUGCGGGUGGAGAGCGGGGCCUGGGUAGGCUACGAGCACGCCUCCUUCCAGGGCCAGCAGCUGGUUCUGGAGCGGGGCGAGUACCCCCAGUGUGACGCUUUCGGGGGAAGCAACGCCUACCACAUCGAAAGGUUGACCUCCUUCCGGCCUAUCGCCUGCGCUAACCACAGAGAGUGCCGCAUGACCAUCUUUGAGAGGGAGAACUUCCUGGGUCGGAAAGGUGAACUGAGUGACGACUACCCCUCCCUGCAGGCCAUGGGCUGGUGCAACAAUGAAGUGGGCUCUCUGCGGGUCCAGUCCGGAGCCUUUGUGUGCUACCAGUACCCUGGUUACCGUGGUUACCAGUACAUCAUGGAGUGUGACCGUCACUGCGGCGAGUACAAACACUUCAAGGAGUUUGGCUCCCACAGCCAGACCCCUCAGGUCCAAUCCAUCCGCCGCAUCCAGCAGUGACCCCUCACCUCUGACCCCCGCUGCUUCCCAGCUGAUUAAACCGUCUUUCUUAAACAUCA